AGGAAACCUGAAUGGAAAGCUGUUUCUGUAUUGUUGCCUCUGCAUUAUGGCAUACUAAAUGCAGUAUGCACAAAUUUUGGAGCAAGUUUCUUCAAAUUGUCUCCUUCAGGCGGAGAGGCGCAGAAGAAACGAAAGCGCCCAGCGCCUUCUGAAUCAGACACAGACGUAGAUGACCCAGGAUUGCCUGAUCUCCCCCCCUUCCCACAUGCCUCUGAGCAGAUAUCUGAGAAUGCUGCCCACGAUACGUCACCUUCACCCCCUCUAAGCAACAUGAGUGGCUGUAGCUCUCGCAGUGGCGUAAACGAUAACUUCACAAAUAGUAGCUCUUCGCUCUAUAGGGAACCCCCCCGUGCUACCAUAGGAAAUUGCAACCUCGAAGAAAUGUGCCAGCCAAGGGAGCUAAAGAAAUCCUUGCCACGUGAAGAAUAUCAACGCCAGACGUUGCGGUUGUUACAUAUGAUGCGGCUAACUCUGAUGCAGCAUGGUGAGCUGCUGCAGGAUCUCUGCUCCCACCGCAUUGACAUACAUGAGGCCCGCCCUGCGCUAGUCCAGGAACCAUUCGUCUGCUCGCAGGCACUGGAAGAGUUCAGCAAUUCCCUCAACAAUUCGAAGACUGCUCAGCUGGUAGAUGAACUUUCCCAUCUAGGCGGAAAUGAUGUUGGCCAGGCUACCAGGAACAUGCUCUGCUAUCUUUUGACAGACUCUGUUGCCAGCGAGUACAGCUGGUUAGGACAAAAAGGCAAAAAGAAGUUUCCUACGCUGAAGCUACCAGGGAUAAUUUACAAAGCAGUCCGGGGAAAUGCAAAAACAAGCGGGGCUACAAAGGUCGAUGUUGAAUGUGCCAUAAAAUCUUGGUUGCGUCACGCAAGGGACCGCAGAAGCAAGCAGUCAACUGACUCCUAAAGAAAAGCAAAAGCAGCAAGACCUGAAGAGUGCUGAAGCAUACGUCUGAACAUUUCAUUGCAUAUGGAAGUUUAAACCAAGAAGUAUCUGAAGUGCAAUAAUCUACUGUGAUAUAAACUCAAUAUAUGUGUAUAAUUUAUAUGCGUGUUCUGAGAAAGAACACUGUACAUCUGUGAUAUCUUAUCGUCAUAUUAAAUAUCCAGACUUGACAAUGUUUUA